CGUCACUUCCGCUCGUUACAUUAUCGCCAAGGUCCCCGGCUAUCGGCCGUAGCCGACCAGCUAAACAGCCGCAAAGGACGGCAGCGCCGCCAGCGCCGUGUUUAAAGACCAGCAGCCCCCGAAAUCUGUCCUUUUCCCCGUGUGAGAAGCCGCUUGUGUCGCCGGUAUCUACGUUUGUUUCCUGAGAGGAGGACGGCCCUCAAAUACCAAAGCAAAUUGCGGGCAAAACCUGAGCUGCAGCCCCAUUCCCCUACCCCGCCCCAUCAGUCAAAGAGCAUGGCUCAGGAGACCAAUCAGACACAGGUGCCAAUGCUGUGCACUACAGGAUGUGGCUUCUAUGGUAGUCCUCGCACCAGUGGUAUGUGUUCAGUCUGCUACAAGGAGCACCUUCAGAGGCAGCAGGGUGGUGGCCGUACAAGCCCCCCUGGAGAGAAAGCUGCUACGCCACCUGCAGGAUCUUCUGAUGGCAUUGGCUUUUCUGUGGAAAGUGUCCCAGAUCCCAGUACUGACGAGGCUGCCCAGUCUGAAGAAAGGACAUCGAGCUCCCCCAGUCCAGUUACGCAGCAGAUGACGGCUAUGAGCAUCAGCCAGGAGAGUGCAGCUGCUGACUCUGACCGGGCUGAGGAAGAGGAGGAGGAAGGUUCAUCCACUCCCAAAGGUCCGGCCCUGGAAGCAACACUGGCUUCUUCAGAUGGAGAUCAGACCCCUGAUAAGAGUAAGAAGAAGAACCGCUGCUUCACCUGUCGGAAGAAAGUGGGACUCACAGGCUUCGACUGCCGUUGUGGGAACCAGUUCUGCGCCAUCCAUCGUUACUCUGACAAACACGACUGCCCCUAUGACUAUCGAGGAGCUGCCGCAGCCCGUAUUCGCAAGGAGAACCCUGUAGUGGUGGCCGAGAAGAUCCAGAAGUUGUGAGAAGGGAGAUGGAGAGUCCCUAGAAACGCAGGCUCAGAACAAAUGACAUGCAGUGCCGGAUGAAAUGACUUUCUUCACUUGUACUCUGUAGGGCAAGGAGGGUGGGGCUUGAAUUAGAUUCCACUGAGUGCUUGCAUAUUUGCCAUCUUCCUUAUAAGUGAUGGUGCGAGUUGCCCAGUGGCUGGUUUGUAUGUUUUUGUUCUCCUUUGAGAGAGAGCAAAAUGCUAAUGUUGCGUUUGGAAGGUAUCUGAUACUGCUUUGUGGGGGGUGGGGCAUUUUUAUUUUUAACCCUUUUUCUGAACUUUUGAAGUGUGUGUGUGGUUUUGUAUUUCCCCCCAAAAUGUUAGGUAAAUGUGCUUGAAAUUCACCUAAGAGGCAGGAGCAGCUUUGGCAAACGGUUAAAUAGCGAUCUGUGGGAAUGAGACGUGAGGCACAGUUAGCAGUAAAUGCAGUAUUGGGGUAAACCAAGGAUGGUAUUUUCCCCAAGUGAAUGGACUCUGCACUAUUAGCGCUCUGAUGUACGAGGAUUCCCCCCCUUUAAAAUACAUGAUCUUAACCUUUAUCAUACUGAAAUAACCUUUUAAGAGGUGGAGGCUGUGAAAUUGUGAAGAGGUGAUUGAGUUUUUCUUUUUCCGUGUGUAUGACACCAGAAGAUCUAUAUUAAUAUAUUGUAGCUAGCUUUUUUUGUGUGUGUGAUUGCAUUCUAUUUAUUUUCUUUUUGAUUGGUUUUUAUUGAAAGAUUGCCAGCAUUGCGGCUGAAUCAUGAGGUUUGUGCUUUUGACCUUUUUGGAUUAUGCAUUUUUGAUUAUAUAUCCAACAAGAGAAUACAAUUUAUUAUGUAAUGGAGUAGAGUCCUGUUAAUGCAAUAUCCAGUUUAUGGACAAGGGUAGUUCAUUAGGUAGAAGUUGAAUUGAUCUGCUAUGUACUUUGGGUGAGCAGAAUUCCUGCAUAGGCCAGAUACUUUCAGAAUUACUUUUCACAUUUCUAGUGAUGGUACAUUAAACUGAAGUGUGAGGUGUUAAGCUAUACACACUUGUCCAUUGCUGCAAGAGGUAGUUCAUAGUUUGAGCUGCGCUAAUGGCUGAAAAACAGGUUCUACUGUCAGAGAGUUGAUAAAGAACUGGUCUAUGAUCACCAAGCAGCUCCCAAGAGGAAACAUCUCAUCUUAAUUUUCUUUUGGUGAAGAAAAUCCAUUUUGUAUGUGAAAUUGUACUGGACUCAAAUCAUGACAUAAAGCAGUAAUGAUGACAAUAUCUAUAUACCCUGUACAUUUGAAGAGAAAGCGUCAUUACUUGGACACAAACUAAUUUCCCAGAAAUUAACAUUCACUGAUAGGCUGCCUGGAUGCACAUGCAACAUUAACACAGUGUAUUGAGCGGUAACAUGUAUUAUUGAACCCUGAAUUAAUGGGACUCUAUUUCAGAUGUAAAUACCAUAAGGUUACUAUUAGUAUAAUCUCGUAUGUAGAAUUUUCAGAUGUGUGAAAGAAGGGUUACAUAUUUAUUUGGUGUGUGCACAGUGUUUGCCAUUGCUUGGUUGCAGCUGGUUUUUAUUCUAGUGAGAGUGCGCAUCGGCACUGCUGGGAUUUAGCGCCCCCCCCCACUGGCAGGCCGUGCUUCUGUCCUUGAGUUCUGGUGGCAUCAGUCAAAGGGCUGAGACCUAACUUGUAUGACGGCAUUGAAAUUCCCCCUGACUCCCAGUGACUUUGCUUCUUCAGUGCUGCUUGGCAAACACAGACAGAUGCACAUCGGUUUGUUUGACAUUUCAGUAUGGCUUCUGUUUGCUAAGUGUCUUCAGGUUCUACUUAUUAUACUGUUGAACUGACCUCCAGGUUGAAUAUGCUUCAAGUCUCUGUUGCAGAUGGUAAGCAACUUUGCCCCUUUUUUAAAAAAUUUUUGCACCAUGCAAUUUCUUAACCACACCUCACAUUGAAACACAUUGAAUCCCAGUUAAUGCAGAUGAUGCUGAAUGUGUGCUAUAUAUUAAAUUUUGUAAGGUGUGACAUUUUGAGGCAUUUUAAAAUGGAGAUUUACACAUCCCCCCCUCUGAUUUACUCUUCCUGUGUUAAAUACCCUGUGAUUUUUUUUAUUUUUUAUUUUUUCCCCUUUCUGGUCUUAUGAUGGCUUCCUCACAUCCACCUUUUGUACACAAAAUUAAGGCUUUGUUUUUAUGGACCUAAACCUCUUGCAGAAUGGCCAGGUGAAUUUUUUUGGAAGUACUGGCAUUUGUCUUCACAAGGUGAUAUUGACGACUAUUCUGAGCCAGCUGUCAUUCAUAUUGAUUAUGGAAGGAAAAAGUUCUUGCUGUGUGUCAGGCAGUAAGUGGGGCAAUUUUUCUGUUUUGCAGUUUGGUUUUUGCACAAGACGGUUGAAUGUCUUGUGUAGCCUGAAAAUGAGUGCGAAUGCAAUGAGCUUCGGAAACGAGCCCUGACAUUACUUGGACAACAUGUAUGUUUGUGAGCUUCUCUCCUGUUUUAAGGGGAUACAUGCUACAUGUGAUUAACCUUCCACAGAGCCUGAUUUACUUUAGCCUCUGAUAAUGAGGCCGGUUGCUCCAAAAGGUGGCUGGGUGUCUUGGCAUGGUUGUGAGGUCUGUAGUACAUGGUGACAAUCUUUCAUACAAAGUGAAGCAUGACCUGACACUGGCCCUCUGGAUGGGGCCAGUGUUUUUCUCCAGAAGCCGAAGCAGCACCCCAUUACAUCGUGCCGUUUCUUUGAAAUACCAGCAGCCAUGUUUUGGUAACUUACAUACUCUACUGUGGUAGUUCACACUGGCUACAGGAGCCAGGGAAUUGUAUUUGGCAAUACACAGUCAAAUAUGAUUUUGGUCCCUGCUUUUUGCUAAGGAAACUGGUUGCCCACCUGGUUCAUUCACCGUCCUCGGCAGGGCAGAGUUAUGACGAAUGAGUAGAGGUCUCUUUCCAUAACUGCAAUUGGCUUGAUCUCCUCCUAUAGCCUGGUAACGGCUAGUUGGAAGUGUGCAGUAGUAAAUGGAAUGGCUGCGUUAUGACCACAGCAUGAUCGGUGAAGGAAGAAGUCGCUGGAUUCGUUUCAGGGCAAGGAGCUGCCUGGCAGGACGUCCCAGCAGUCAGAGCGCCUUGGUUAUUCAAAAUACCAGUCAGCCAUGUUAGACAUUUUACCAGGUAACACUUUGUUUUUAUAACCUUUAGGAUUGUAUGGUGUGUCCAAGUAUGUUUAAAACAAUAAAACAAAGUUUAUUUUAAA